AAAGGGAACAUUGGUUGUGCAACUGUGAAUAAGAGAAGUGAAAGAUUUUAUCUUUCCACAGAGUCUAUUUGUCAAAAAGUUGCAAACCUAACUCUCUCAACAAGGUCCCAUGUUUGGUUUGCUUCUGUUUUGAUAUUUUCUUCUUCUUUUUUUUUUUUUUCUUUUUUGUUUCUUUCGCCAAAUAAAAUAAAGAAAAAGCAACAAAUAUUUCAGGGUUUUGAAGUUGAAAUUAGGGUUGGUGGCGGUGGUGAUUUGAUUACCGAGAGAAGGUGGAGGGUGGGUUUUGCUCAAAGGGUUUGUUAAGAAGCCAAUGCCAGUAUUUUGGUUGAUUCUUGAGGUUGGAAACGAUGUCGUGGGCUGGCCCAGAUGAUAUUUUCCUCUCCACUUCACUUGCUACUUAUCUUGAUAAAAAACUUCUUGUCUUGCUGCGAGAUGGCCGUAAGCUCUUGGGGAUACUACGAUCUUUUGACCAAUUUGCCAAUGUUGUUCUUGAAGGUGCAUGUGAACGAGUUAUUGUAGGAGAUCUUUAUUGUGACAUCCUCUUAGGUCUAUAUGUAAUUCGUGGAGAGAAUGUUGUUUUAAUUGGAGAACUGGACUUGGAGAAGGAGGAGCUUCCCUCACAUAUGACCUGUGUCUCGGAAGCAGAGAUUAAAAGGGCUCAGAAGGCAGAGAGGGAAGCUACAGAUCUAAAGGGCUCCAUGAGAAAAAGAAUGGAGUUUCUUGAUUUUGAUUAACAGAUGCUACCACUCUGUUUUUAGUUCAUGCCAUGCCCGCAAAUAUUAGAGCGGCGUUGAUCUAGAUAUGGGAGAGUUUGAAUUAAGUCUACCAGAUUCCCUCAUUCUGUGUGUUGCUGGAGGAGGAAGCUAGAGAAAGAGGAACUGUUGCAGAUCAUUUGCUAACUUUGGGGAGAGGGAAUUCAGUUUUGGGUCUGUCUGAUGCAAUGACAAAGAUUUCCCUAUCUCUGUGUAGCACGCAUCUUAAGUUUGUUUAUAUGCAGUGCACACAGCUAAGCUUUUUAGAUUUAGUUCAAGUUUUUGGAUUUCUCCAUCAUUUUACCAAAAACUACGUUUUGUCUGUACCUGUUUACCCCCUCCCUACCUUCCUCCCUGGCGUUCAUUCUCCAAACACAAACUGUGAGAAUAUUAUAGUUAGUCUUUGGUGCCCCAUUUGUAAUGGCACACUGCCACCAAUUCAUUUGUAAUCUGGCUUUUUUGGUGCUCGUUCUACAUUUUA